AUGUCUCAGCUGCAUAAUGAAGGUUUAAGAAAACAACUUGUCGCUGAUAAGCGAACCGCAACAGCAGACUGGUCAUGGCUGGUAAGUUUCGAACCCCAUUAUCAGCAAUUUCACGGCCAGACUUCUGAACUGGCUAUUUCUUUAUCCCAGUUCAAUCACAUAGCUAGGUUUAGAUGAACUAGAGUUAAAUAAAAAUUAGCUGUUUUCUAAACGGAAGAGAUAUGCUUUAUAUGCCACAAAUUCCCUUUCAUGUUUACAGUUUGUCUCAGAUCGAAAUUGGAUUUCAAUGGUCUACCAAAAUAAAACUAAAGUUUCCUUAAACAAUUUAAUAAGUCUUUAAUCUAAAGUUAGCUAGAGUGUAAUUAUUAUUCAAGUUAGCGGAAAUGAUCGUUUCAAGUUAAUAAAAAAUUGCUCCAAUCAAAGCCCGAUACUUUGGUCAGUCUAAGAUGCCAAAACAUGCAUUUUUUUACUUACCUUUUACAUUAUGUUUCAGACAGUUUUGCAUCAUUUUACUUUUGCCAUAAUUUUCAUGGCAAUUUUGUGACAUGUAACUUUUGCAACUCAUUAUGUUGUGAAAAUGUAAUAUUGCAGAUUUUGUUUUGUAAAAAAACACACCAUUCCACAGAAUUCCAGUUUGUUUCUGAGCAAUACCAAACACUGAAGAACUUGUCGCCAUUAGAAUCUCCAAUGACCUUUCUUGGAGCAAUUUUGACAACAGUCAGACCAAGACUUGUCAGGAGUUGGCACAGCCCCUAACUCCCCCACACUCAAGGGAAGUUUGGGUGGAGGUAUCUUGCUAAGGUCUUCAAACCCUAAACUGUUAAAGACAAAAAUUGUCCAUUCUGCUUACCUGUUUAAGACUUAGUGACCUUAGUUUAUGAACCUGAUUCAUUUCAUUUUCCAUACAGAAUUAUGCAAUUUUCAAACUAACAUCAUGAAAGUAGAUUUUUUUUAAAAAAAUUGUCGGUAACACAGAUGAGACAGUGCUCAUCACCAAACUUUACACUCUGUUAAUGGCUUCUGGUACAAUAAGACACCCUAUUCAAGACACAAAGUGGUGAAUUUGUAUACCCUGUAUAAGACUGAUCAAGACCCUGAAAGGCAUACCCUGUUCAGUGGUACAGACCUGUGUAGGCCAAAUAAAGGAAUCCUCCCCGGGGGCACAGCCAUUGGUUGUUGUGGUCACUUUAUGGAUGAAACUUUGUCAUAAUAAUACUUGGCAUAAUAAAUCAAGGGUAACUGAACAAAAAUUAAUUGAAAACAUUGGACUUACAUAUUUUCAACUUUGUUGGUUAAGGGUCAAAGUAGAGUCCAUUUUCUUUAACUGCCUUUGCUGGUGAAGCGAGCCCUCAAUCUAACAAUGUAUUUUUCCCUGACAUGGCUGUAAAAAGCACUUAUGGUAACUUAUGUUGAUUCAUGGCAACAGUUACUUUUAUGACAUAUUUCUUCUGGCCUGGCAGGGCAGUUUUUGUUGUCAUACAGUAAGGAGCCUUUAUUAGGUUGGAAAACUUGUUGAAACCAGUUUUUAAUCAAUCAUUUGGUAGUGUGGAAUUGGCAAUUAGUUUUGGUAAGAUUACUGACCUUAAUCAAAAGCAAUCUUAAUUUUGAGUGGACUCAGUUACUGAGGGACCCUGAAGAGUGAAUGUUUGAUUAAUAAUGGUAAUAGGACUGACUGGAGUCCAAUUCGAUCUGCAUAAUAACACAUGAGUGAUUAACAAAAUCAGAUGAAUGCGUAGUGGGAGUCCAAUUUGUUUAAUCACAGGAGUGAUUACAGAACGAAUUAAAUGAAACAAAGUUCUGUUACCAAUUAAUCAAAACUUUAAAAUUUGUGAUAUUUUAGGAUUUUUUUGAAUUAAAAACAAGAAAUUCUGAGAGGUUUUUGCUAGCAGUGAAAAAAAAGCCAUUUUAAGUGCACACAAUGGCACGUCUGUCCAAUUAUUUAGGUGUCACACGUACUGUCCUAUAGUGCUGAAAUCAGGACAGUUGAUAGCCAAUCAGAUUUGAGAAUUUUGUUAUUAUAGUUAUGAUUAUUACUGGUAAUUAAGUCUUGUUUUUACAGAAAGCUGCUAACAGUGCAGACAGGCAUAAUUCCAGCUCAGGCUCAAGAAGUGCCCAUGGAGCAUUCCCCCAUUCAACACAUAGUGCCAGCUAUGCUGUUGGUAGCAGCCAUAGAUCAGGGCUUAGAAGCAAAGAAGUUGUGAUAACAGAUCCUUACUUGGAUGCACUGACAAAGGAUACCAAAGCAAGAACGAGAAAGAGAUUUUCUGUAAGUACUAGCUAGACUAAAAUCUCAAAAUCUUUUGCCCUUAUUUUCUUUUGGGCGGCUUUUGCUCUUUAAAGCCAGACAAUGACCAGAUAAUGGCUCAACUUAGGGGGCUUCAAAGGGUAUUUUUUGGCAAAAUUCCCAGGAGUGUCAUUGAUAAACUAGCUUUCCUGAUAGGCUCGAUUAACAAGUGCUGUUUGGGAAAAUAACCCUACACUCCCCGGGAGGAUCAAAGACUGGAUCCAUCAUGGGAGACGGCAGAAAUCAAGCCUACAUGUAUAUUCUUGACAUUAUCAAUAAAGAUUUAACAGUUUUGGUUUUUGCUCAAAAUAAUGCAAUUUCUGUUGGGAUUUCAGUCCACAGAUUACCUAAUGCAGUGGUAAGCUAAACAUGGACAACAGAGGUAGUUUCAGACUAUUUGCAGAAACUUGGAUAUUUUCAUGGGAAAACUGUCAGAUAUGCCUCCUUCCACCAUCGAAGUGCAACUUAUUCUACACAAUGCUAAGUUCCACAGUAAAUUUAUUACUAUAUUUUACUAGAAAAAAUAGUUUAAUACUAUGAAAAUUUGUACAGAUUAAUUUGGUCAAAAACGAUUAUGUGAGUCUGCUGAGUUGUGUCUUAUUAAUUUUCAAGUUGGUUUCUUAAUGUGAAAUUGUAUUGUUAGAACUUUUUUGUAUUUGUGCUGGAAUUUUGUAGCGAUUCAUCAAAAUAUUGUCAUUGUGAACAAAGGCCUUCUAACAAAGCUUAGCAUACAUGUAAGGUAAAUACAACUUCAAUGUGGACACCAAGGGCACAUGUCAUUGUCUUAACCAAGCAGGCUCUUGGAAUAAGCAUUAUGGGAAUUUAUUCUUAAUGCAAGAGAAUUCACUAUGGGCAUACUACUGUAGUUGGUCCAUACAAGUGAGAAAUAUAUUUUUUGCAUUUUCUUCAACAUUUUCUGAGUAAGCACUAUUCUUCGUAAAAGUGUAGCUCUUUUUAGGGUGGUUUGUGUCCAAAUUUAUUGUUAACAUUAAUUUUCAUAUCUACCAAAAAUUUUUUUAUCUUUUACAACCAAGUAUGAAUAAAUGUAUUGUUAG